AGUAGUCUGUCAUUGCAGUGUUUUCAUCGGUGUUCUGUUUUCAGUGGUAUUGGAUGAAAUAACGUCAGCUGUACCGUGGAAUAUCGUGUCAGUCUACAGUGAGAGAAGAAGCUUUUCUCUUUCUUCCAGUGUACAUGAAGCUGCAAUAAAUUGCCAAGGACUAUAGGUUAAGGUAAUUUCACGAAUUUGUGCCAAAUAGAUUCAAUAUUUGUCGUAGAAUUCAUCCAGGUUGCAUAUUUCUGUUAAUCCGCGCCAUAAACCUGCGGAUGUUUACGUGCAGAAUACAGCUUUUUCCGAGUUUGGAGUCAUUCUUUACUGAUGAUUUUGCAAAAGGGUGUUUCGCAAUACAAGACGAGCCCAUGUGGACCAAGUCACCUCCUGGACUGACUGAGAUAACAGACCUCUGAUAUGAUGACCAUGAUGGUCUUUGCGGCAAGAGGAGUCCUUCUUAACCUGAGGUACACCUUCCAGAAAGCAGGCUCCUUUGCCAGAAUCAGACUCUUCCAGACCUCCACCAGGCCAUGUUUUGUUAAAAGAGGCCAGAUUUUAACCCACAUACCCAAGGUUGCACUGUUAUGCUGGGGUGCAGCCAGUGUGUCAUCAUGUGCAGCCAGAUGUCAGGAAGCAGCUCUUCCAUUCAAGGUUUCUGACAGAAAGUCUCUUGCCAAACUCCAAGUGCACAAAAUAAUAUUUUUUCUGCGUCUCAGCCUCCGUGCAUUGGUUCUGCUCCUCAAAUUCGGUCCCCUGCUUCUUCUCUCCCCCUUGGCUCUGCUGUCCACCCGCUGGGCGUCUUGCUGGCUGGACGCUCUGCUGUGGGUGACUGAAACAUCUGGACCCACUUUCAUCAAGCUGGGUCAGUGGGCCAGCACCAGGCGAGACAUCUUCCCUCAAGAGUUCUGUGAACGUUUCUCCAGGCUCCACGUCAAGGUGCGUCCUCACUCCUGGUCACACACCAAGCAGUGCCUCCGGAGGGCUUUCGGGGAGGGCUGGAGAAGGGUUUUGGUGUUUGAGAGCAAAGAGCCGGUGGGUUCAGGAUGCGUGGCCCAGGUGUACCGAGGCUGGGCCAGGGUGGACCAGGUGGACGACCCAGCCUUCCAGUCGCUGGUGGAGGAGAUGGAGAAAGAAGACUUGCUGGAAGCCUGGGAGAUCCCUGGUCUGGGAGGUGCAGCGAGCACUCUGUGGAAACUCUGGAGGGGGAGCAGAGAGGAGGAGGGCUAUGAGGAGAGAAAUCUUCCAGAGGGUCAGCAUGAGGAGGAACGCCUGAUACCUGUAGCUAUCAAGGUGGUCCAUCCAGGCGUCAGGAGACAGGUGGAGAUGGAUUUAUUACUUAUGAAAGCAGGCAGCUGGCUUCUGCACUGCCUGCCGGGACUCAAAUGGCUCAGUAUGUGGGAGAUCGUAGGGGAGUUUGAGAAGCUCAUGACCAAACAGAUUGAUCUCCGAUUUGAGGCAAGGAACAUCGAGCAUUUCCGGGAAAAUUUCCGUGAUGUUGAGUAUGUCAAGUUCCCAACUCCGUUACGACCAUUUGUCACCAGGACCAUCUUAGUGGAAACUUUUGAAGAGAGUGAGCCCAUUUCUACCUACCUGAACUCUGAGAUUCCCAAGGAGGUGAAGCAGAGGAUUGCCAGGAUGGGAGUAGACACCCUGCUGAAAAUGGUUUUUGUGGAUAACUUUGUCCACGGGGAUCUUCAUCCCGGCAACAUUCUUGUCCAGCGUCUUGGGCCUCAUCCUGGUUCCAGUGAAGGUCUCUCAGGGGAGCAGCAUGGGAAGACCACCCUCACCGACUUGUGGGACACAGUGGUGGUCAGUGUCAGACCAGACCCGUGUCCUUUCCAGCUGGUGCUGCUGGACGCUGGCAUCGUAGCCCAGCUCAGCGACCACGACCUGGCCAACUUCAAGGCCGUCUUCACAGCUGUGGUGCUGCGUCAAGGUGAGCGAGUGGCAGAUUUGAUUUUGCAUCACGCUCGAGCUAACGAGUGUCGUGAUGUGCCUCGGUUCAAAAAGGAGAUGGCCGAGCUGGUGGAUCAUGCCCUCAGCAACAUCGCUCUGGGAAAGAUCCAAGUGGCUGACUUGCUCUCCAGAGUCUUCAGUCUUCUCAUCAAACACAAGGUCAAGCUGGAGAGUAACUUUGCCUCCAUUGUGUUUGCCAUCAUGGUGUUAGAAGGUCUGGGCAGGUCACUCGAUCCGAACUUGGACAUCCUGGAUUUGGCCAAACCCCUGCUGCUAAAGAACUGUGCCUCACUGCUCUGAUGCGCACAUAAGCACACACAGCUGAAGGACAGCGUAUCACACACAGACAGGCACCUGUAUAGUAGGUGAAUGCAAGGGUAGUAAGACCUACAGUCAGGUCCAUAAAUAUUUGGAGAUUGACACUAUUUACAGUGUUUCAGCUCUGUGCCCCACCACAAUGGAUUAGAAAUGAAACAAUCAAGAUAUGCUUUAAGUGCAGACUUUCAGCUUUGAGGGCAUUUCCAUCCAAAUCAGGUGAACGGUGGAGGAAUUACAACACAUUUAAUAUGUGACCUCCACCACAAGUAAUUGGACAGUUGGCUGCUCAGCUGUUCCAUGGCCAGGUGUGUGUGUUAUUCCCUCAUUAUUUCAUUUCCAAGGAGCAGAUAAAAGAUCUAGAAUUCAUUUCAAGUGUGGUAUUUGCGUUUGGAAUCUGGUGAGGUCAACUCUCAACAUGAAGUCUAAAGAGCAUCACUAUCAGUGAAGCAAGCCAUCAUUAGGCUGAAAAAUCAUAACAAACCCAUCAGAGAUGGCAAAAACAUUAGGUGUGGCCAGAUCAACAGUUUGGUACAUUCUUAGAAAGAAUGCACUGGUGAGCUCAGCAACACGAAGCAGGAAGUGAAGACAGCAGCAGUAGAGGCCUGGCAGAGCAUCACCAGGGACCAAACCCAGCGUCUGGUGAUGUCUGUGGGUUCCAGACUUCAGGCUGUCAUUGACUGCAAAGGAUUUUCCACCAAAUAUUAAAAGUGACAAUUUGAUUUAUGAUUGUUAGUUUGUCCACUUACUUUUGGUCCCUUAAAAAGGUGGAGGGCGCAUCUAAAAUGUGUUGUAAUUCCUACACUGUUCACUUGAUUUGGAUGUAAAUAUCCUCAAAUUAAAGCUGAAAGUCUGCACUUAAAGCACAGCUUGAUUGUUUCAAUUCAAAUCCAUUGUGGUGGUGUACAGAGCCCAAAUGCUGAAAAUUGUGUCAAUGUCCAAAUAUUUAUGGACCUGACUAUAUAUUAUAUUUAUUCGGUCCAUCUAUAGAUACACUUCAUGUGUACAUCCUCCUAAUGCCAUAAUGAAGGGUUGUCUUCAUGCUCACAAUGCAAGAUUCCACUGUGGAUCACAAAAUCACCGUCUCCUCUCUACAUUUCAGUCGUGUUGAUGCCAGUAUUGCCUCAUUGCAUUAUAUAUUAGUGGGUGUUUCCACUUUGAUCACUCUUACUCUCGAAUUAUCAGCUGUCUAACUGAAGUACGAACAUUUCACACAAUGAAAUCAACUCCCAUGCCCCUACAGCUCAGCAUAAUGAAUGAGAGUAUAUGUGCUUUACACAAAGCACCCCUUGUAGUUUAUCGAGUGCUAAUGGAUGAGCCAGACACAUUGGCAGACACAGAUGGCAUCAGAGACCAUUUGUAGUGAUUUAAGAUAGAAAACAAAAUAGUUUUGGAAUCCCUAGUUGAUACUCAAAAGCAUAUUUUUACCUUUUAAUGACUAAUAUUGAUCUCAGGAUGUCCUUUGUCACUCUGUCUUUUAUUGCAUCUUAGGUAAUGUUGUCUAAUGGACCAUAUCUGCUCUAGUGUGAAUCACACUGUACUGUAACGUUUGUUCUUAUCCACUACAUGAACAAUGUGAAUCCUUUGGCUGAUUGUACUCACAACUGAUCUUUUACUUUUAACUUUGAAUUAAAAUAGUGGGAACACAAUAUGAAAUAUUUGUAUCAAUAAAUAAGGGAAUCAAUGCAAAUUGAUCUUCUUUUUCUUUCCCGUGCUGCCCGUAGUCACUUGUUUUAACUUCUCUAACCCUUUUAAGACAGUGCUGCAACUUCAAAGCAGAAAAUUAACUACAUCGAGGGCACAGGAUCCAUUAAUUUACAAUUUUAUUAAAUCUGUCAAUGAAAAACACAGACAAGACGCGAUUCUGUCAAUGUCAUCAGGAAGAACAGUCAGCAUGGCUGAAAGAGUGAGAUCAGGAGGUUUUGGUGCAAAAAAAACUCAUCACAUACCCUUUAUUGCAAAACUGUUGAUUUUUUUUCAUCACCAUCAAGAGCCCAGACAGAGCAGCACUGUUCAAGUAAGGAGGGAGGGGAGAGGUGACAACUGUGUAAAAAAAUCUGUCAAUAAUUAUUAAUAAUAAUAAUAAUAAUAAUAAUAAUAA